AUGGCCACGGCUAAGGAGUUUUCAGCCAUGGCCUCAAGUCAUCUCAAGCCCGGCAGGGAUCUGGGGGCCGGUGACCGCAAACGGCGCCGCUCGGUGGAAGCUUGGGCCGCUGGCCGCUCUUGCUUUGUGCUCUCUGGAACUGGCAGUGGCAAGAGUGGCUGCUUCAUCUUGCCAGCGCUGGUUGAGCGCCAUUGGCACCAGACAUAUGGCAGUCAAGGACCUGUCCCCGUGGCUUUAGUCAUCUCGCCGCUGGUAUCGCUGAUGCAUGACCAGGCACAACGUCUUCGGCAGCAUGGCCUUUCGGCUGUGGUUUGUUCUCCCCAGGGCGGAGAGGCAAGUUGGCCACAGGUGCUGCACGCGGUGCAGAAUGGUGCCUUCGUGGUCUUCAUGUCCCCGGAACGGGCUCUGAAGGAGGUCCAUUCGCAGAGGCUGAAGCAGCUUCAGCGGGUGUCUCUGGUUGCGAUUGAUGAGGCGCACUGUGUCUCUGAAUGGGGCCAUGAUUUCCGGGUGCUCCGUGCCUGUUUGUGCAAGGCCUGCAACUUGAGCCAAGGCUGGUUGGUGGCCAUUCAGUGGAUGUGGCUGGUUCCUGGCAUCGCCCAGGGCAUGCCUGGAGGAGACAUUGUGAAAGAUGCCAAAGAUGCGGCGCACUUCACAGCACAUGUGGCUGGCAUGAUCCACACAAGAUCUGCAAAGGCUUGGGCACAACAGAGUGCCAGUCGCAGUGCCGAGGCUUUGGAUCAAGCUCAGACAGCUCUGAAGGAGGUGGAGCGCAUUGAAGCAUGGCAGAAUUCUUUGGGACCUUGCGCAUUGCCAUUAUCGCUGUGCAUUCCAUGGCAUAGCCAUAGCCAUCAUCAAAGGCGAAAGGCGGGCCACCAGGACUUCCUGUAA